UUUUUAAAAAAAAAUUCUCCCCCUACAUGGCAAUGUGCCAAAUUUCCCCUCCACACCAGCACAAAAACAUUGACUCUAUAUACUAGCGAUACGUUGCCCCUCUGAAGUUCCGGAUAUUUUCACUUCUGUAAAGAUGAAAGUUGCACCAGCAGUGAUUGUGAUUUUUGGAGUCCUCCUGUUUUUUCCCUUGGUUGCUUUUAUUUCAAUCAUUUGAAAGGAGUAUUCAUUCACGAGUCGCCUUAUACUCGGGACACUAAGGCUUUAUGCUGAUUUCACUAUUUAGCAAUUUCAUUUUGGGAGUUGUUGCCAAGAUUGGAACAGCACCCCCUAGACAGAAGAUGGAAAGCAAUGGCUGCAUCCCGCUCUGCUGGAGCAAAGGGGCGUGCAUCUAUGCACAUUAUCCUUUACCAAAAUAUGACGGCCAGUUAGCCCCAGUAAGAACAUCUGAGUCAGGCAUGGCAGCAUCUUCCUAUUUGGAGCCCAAACUCAAUCACUCCGCAGCAAGUGGGUGUGGAGUGAAAUCUCGCUCCGGUGGUACUGGUGUCGGUACCAGCGGUUCUGCUGGUGGUCUCGAGCGGACUCCGGGUUCUAUAGACAGGGUUCUGAAGAUCUUCCACUACUUUGAGACAAAUAGUGAACCCAGCACCUGGGCGAGUAAUAUCAGACAUGGAGAUGCUACUGAUGUCAGGGGAGUCAUCCAAAAGAUAGCCGAAAUCCACAAAUUGCGCUGCGUCACUUCACUCGGCCUGCGUUUAACCCAUCUGCACACAGACGCACGCCACUGGUUACAUCCUGACUUGGGAGUUUGCCAUGUCAGGGAGAAAUAUGAGAAACAGCACCCACAAGAGGAGUGGAGGUAUGAGCUACGGAUGCGCUACUUUCCUAAAGGUUACCUCAGUCAUUUCUCAGAGGACAAACCUUCGCUCAACUACCUCUAUCACCAGGUAAAGAGUGACUACAUGCAACAUAUCGCCGAUCAAGUGGAUCAAGAGGUGGCGUUGAAACUAGGCUGUCUAGAAAUCAGGCGCUUCUUCAGAGAGAUGCCAGGAAAUGCUCUUGACAAGAAAUCCAACUAUGAGCUCCUCGAGAAAGAUGUUGGCUUGAGAAGGUUCUUCCCUAAAAGCCUGCUGGACUCUCUAAAGGCAAAAACGCUUCGCAAGCAUAUCCAGCAGACCUUUAAGCAGUUCGCCAACCUCAACGAUGAGGAGAGCAUCCACAAGUUUUUUGAUAUCAUCUCUCCCAUCUACCACUUUGAUAAGGAGUGCUUCAAAUGCGCAUUAGGGUCUAGCUGGGUAAUAUCAGUCGAGUUAGCAAUCGGGCCAGAGGAAGGAAUCAGCUACCUCACGGACAAAGGCUCAACGCCUACCCACCUAGCUAACUUCAACCAGGUUCAGUCCAUCCAGUAUUCACCUUUGGAGGAAAAAGAUAGGAAAGGCAUGCUGCAGCUAAACGUAGCUGGUGCUCCAGAGCCUCUCACAGUCACCACAGCUUCCUUGACCACAGCCGAAAACAUGGCUGAUUUGAUUGAUGGUUACUGUCGACUCUUCUCCUCCACGAGCCACUCCUUCAUUGUCAGAGUCCACAAGGAGGGCGAUCGAGCACUACCAUCCAUCCCAAAAGUAUCAAAUCACGAGCGGCGGAUGGAAAAACGGAUGGACGGAGUACGAACCAGAGCCGUUUGUGUGUCAGGGCACAAUAGUGGCGAUGAAACAGACGACUAUGCUGAGAUCAUAGAUGAGGAGGACACUUAUACAAUGCCUUCAAAAUACUAUGGACUAGAUCAAGCACAGGACUAUGAAAUCCAACGGGAUCGCAUUGAACUGGGCCGCUGCAUAGGCGAGGGUCAGUUUGGGGACGUCCACCAAGGAGUCUACAUCAGCCCGGAGAACCCAGCAUUGUCUGUGGCCGUCAAGACGUGUAAGAAUUCAACAUCGGACAGCGUCAGGGAGAAAUUUCUCCAGGAAGCAUUAACCAUGCGUCAGUUUGAUCAUCCUCACAUUGUGAAGCUGAUGGGCGUCAUUACAGAGAAUCCAGUCUGGAUCAUCAUGGAGCUUUGCACACUCGGAGAGUUACGUUCUUUCCUGCAAGUGAGGAAGUACAGUCUAGACCUGGCCACCCUUAUCUUGUACUCUUAUCAGCUCAGCACGGCACUGGCCUACCUCGAAAGCAAGCGCUUUGUGCACAGGGAUAUAGCAGCACGGAACGUCCUCGUAUCAACGGUCGACUGUGUGAAGCUGGGUGACUUUGGCCUGUCGAGAUACAUGGAAGACAGUUCUUAUUACAAAGCAUCGAAGGGUAAGCUGCCCAUUAAAUGGAUGGCUCCUGAGUCUAUAAACUUUAGAAGAUUUACUACAGCCAGUGACGUCUGGAUGUUUGGUGUCUGUAUGUGGGAAAUUCUGAUGUAUGGCAUCAAGCCUUUCCAAGGUGUAAAAAACAACGACGUCAUUGGGAGGAUAGAGAAUGGCGAACGACUGGCCAUGCCCCCUCAGUGCCCCCCUACCCUAUACAGCUUGAUGACAAAGUGUUGGUCGUAUGAUCCUAGCAAAAGGCCGCGCUUCAAUGAACUGAAAAGCCAGCUCAGUACUAUACUAGAAGAGGAGAAGGCCCAGCAGAAGGAGAGAAACAGGAUGGAGAUGAGAAGGCAGGUCACAGUAUCUUGGGACUCGGGAGGGUCUGAUGAAGCACCACCAAAACCUAGCAGACCAGGUUACCCCAGUCCCCGCUCCAGUGAAGGCUAUUACCCCAGUGCCCAGCAUUCUGGACAUUACCAGAUGACAGGUUACCCCGGCCCUCACACGCUGCCAUCAGUGCCCAGCGCCCUUUACCCACCGCAGGCCACGAUGCUGGAGACGCAUCACGCACACACGCACCCGCGUCACCAUGUCCACGCACACUCGCAUGUACAGCAUCUUCCUCAGUCGCAUGGACAGGAUAUGGCACAUUGGGGUUCGGCUAUGGAGGACAUUGCAAUAGACACGCAGCAGUGUGUAGGCCAACAGUGCCUGUUAAUGGAGGAACAGCUGAUGAUGCAGCAGCAACAGAUGGAGGAGGAUCAGAGGUGGCUGGAGCAGGAGGAAAGGCUGCUGGUAACACACAGCACACACAGAGGACAAGACGAGAUCUUUACAGGCCAUAAACCAGAAACCAGAAGUUCUCGAGGGAGUCUGGACCGAGAUGAUGGAGUACUCCAGCCACCAACGGGAAACCAACACAUAUACCAGCCCGUUGGCAAAGCAGAGCUUGUGGCCCCACCGAAGAAACCACCACGACCCGGGGCCCAAAGCCAAGGGUGCAGUUUGGCCGGUCUGAACACUGCAGACAGCUACAACGAUGGAGUGAAGCCCUGGCGGCUACAGCACCAAGAGAUCAGCCCCCCUCCCACCGCCAAUCUGGACCGUUCCAACGACAAGGUAUACGAGAAUGUGACCGGGUUGGUUAAAGCUGUGAUCGAGAUGUCGAGCAAGAUCCAACCCGCCCCUCCCGAGGAGUACGUUCCCAUGGUCAAGGAUGUGGGCCUCGCAUUGAGGACGUUGCUGGCCACAGUCGAUGAAACCUUACCACAACUUCCAGCCAGCACACACAGAGAGAUCGAGAUGGCACAAAAGCUUUUAAAUUCGGACUUAGCAGAACUGAUUGGGAAAAUGAAGCUCGCUCAACAGUAUGUGAUGACAAGUCUUCAGCAAGACUAUAAGAAGCAGAUGCUAACCGCCGCUCACGCCCUCGCUGUGGACGCGAAAAAUCUGCUGGAUGUCAUUGACCAAUCCCGGCUCAAGAUGAUGGCCCAGUCCCGUCCACAUUAGCACCGCGGGUGUUGUUCACCGACUGGUGGGAUCAGUCUACUUCCUUAUCUGUGAGAGUUGUUGGAACUUUCCAACCAAAACGCUAGACAAUUGGAGUCGGGCGGAGGCCCUGAUAUCAUUGUGACCUCGAUGUAAUCACGGAGCUGAUCCCUUAUUUAACUCUGCACCACUGUGAGAUCUUUUUUUUUUUUUUUUUUUUUUAAAGAACUUAGCAAAACAAUUCCUGAAUCAGGGAUUUGUCAUCUUUGUGGACUAAACUGGGAGAAAGAGAGGAAUAAUCGGAUGGUUUGGAAAUACAACACCACGGAUGAGGCCAGCAACGUUGGCCCUGAAUCAAUUCCAAUUGUUGGAGUAGGCCAAGCCAUUAAAAUGUGACUCUUUCGACUAUCAUCAUAUCACAAGGAAGCGACUCCAGCAUGUCAGCAGUUUUUUAAAGUCAUGUUUUUUUCCCCCUCCGACUUUUCACAGUUUUUUCCCCCCUCCCACCCUCUUAUUUAUAGCGUCAUGAACGGAAGACACGAUAUAGAACACUAAAGGACAACCUUUUUCUUACUUUUCAUCUUACUGACUGUUUUCUUGUCUUCCUCAUUCAGCUCCGGUUUGAAAGAUCCUUGAUGAAGCCACCUCAGAUCUCACUGAGUUUGCUCUUUAUCGUACAUCGUUUUGAAUCACAGUCAUUGUCUAACCUGAAAACUCAAACACAUUCAAUCCCAGCAGCACGGAGGAGGAUGAAAAUGAAGGAGGGUCUUCUCUUUGUCUCACUUUCACUGUCCCCUGCGCCAUCAUAUCCGCCAGUGAUUUGCCAGCAAUGCAAAUAAACCCGAGCACGGCGCCCUUGGCGUAGAAGAUCCUGACAUGUUGAGCCACUAAACUUGAACUUCAUCUGCAAACUCACGAGAUUGGACUGAGAACACAAAAAGUCCACCCGUGUGGCAUGACAUAGUGGCAGGGAGGAGAGCGUAUUUGCACAGCACCAAAA